AUGCGGGUGAUUGUGAGGGGAGAUGGUGGCGCUUUAUGGGACGCGCUUACCAGUAGCCGUGGAUGGCAUGAACUUGCUGAGUUUUUAGACGAUCUGGUUAGCCGCCGUCCUCCUGAUGAAGGGUCUGAAGAAGUCGAUCAGAGGCAGAGACCACUCCAUCUUCGAGCAGAGAGGAUGAACGGGAAUGCCCUAUGCCUAUCGAACAAACACGAUUUUUUGUUUCGAAGGCUCCGACAAAUUUUCCUUCCUCAUGAGAUUAAGGCUUUUGGCAAUUCAUUCCACGCUCGAUGGGGAUUUUUCUCAGUUUUGGACUUGGAUUCUGACGAGAAGACUUCUGUUUACUUAUAUUUGAACUUGUUAUAAUGAAGGACUAGGAAAUGAGUCUCUACCUUUAGUAAUCAUCAAAACCUUAGUACUCUAAUCAACGAGAGAUAGAUUGGGAUGUUGUGGUAUCGACGCUCGCCUUGAUAGCGGAAAUGCGUGAGGACUCAGGCAUCUCGCUUGAAGACUUCAAAGAGUUCUGGCACGUUUUUUUCUAUUGGAGCUUCAAUAGUGGAGACUUCUGGACGAAGACAAAUCGAAAUCUGGACAGUUUCCUGCACAAACUCCUACACGCCGAUUCGUGGAUUUUUAACGCACACGGCGCUCCUGAUCAUGCUGUUAUGCUACGAGGUGGUCAUCAUUUCCGUGUAGAACAUGCCUGUCGCUCCUACUCCUGCUGCUUUCCGCCCUAAUAAUUAGUCAUGUAAAAUAAAUAAUGUCUUCCGCCCUGACAGUUAUUCAUGUAAGUAAAAAUAAUGUAACCCAGAGUUUAAUAUGUGACUGUCACAUCAUCCAUUCUUUCAUAGUCGACGUCGAAAACAGAGCAGUGGUGCAUGCGGGCAGGGGACUCCUCCGGUUUUUCCAGGGGCUCUGGCUUCGAAGGCUACAGAUCGCAUCUUCCGAAAGGCAUUUUACUUCUGAUUCGUCCGAGAUGACAGAGGAAAUUGCGCGCCUAGAUGCAGCCCUGACGCAAGCGCAAUCUAUGUUCUCCUACACUGAGUCGAGCGGUGGCUUGGAACUAGAAGCGUGUCCUGUGUUCUACCAUGCUUGUAUGGCCAAACACUUGCAGUCAGCAGCUUUGGAUAUGUUGCAGAUGGACCAGAUCGCGGAGGUGUAUGGAAGAAACAACGGGCUGGCCAACAACACAACCUCCUCUCGCUGUGCAGGAGAUGCUGGCAGGACAGAUGCAUUUGAUAAGCCAGAAGUUGGUGACGGCAUCUGCGAACAGCAAAGGUCCUGCGACAACUAUUCGCGGCGUCAGUUAUGGGAGAUCACUUUGGACGCUGGCACGACCUGUCAACAACACAGUACUGAAAAUGAAAAAAUUGAAGUAGAGGAGGAGAACAAGAACAGUUGCAACAGCAGUCUUAUUGUCGAAGUAGACCAGCACCAGCAGAUGCCGCCUUCCGCAGACGAGGCAGCAAACGUUCAGCUGCACUCAGGAUCCCCAGAUCAUGGCGGAGACAUCCUCGACAAGCUACUUUCCCGGCCGUGGGUGCUGCCCGAGCAUUUGAAUUGGAGGGAUGACACUGAUCGCAUGUCUGCUCUCGUGAUGGCAAUACGUGCUUCGUCUCCAGAACAGACUGCCUUGGCUGAAGCACUAGUCUUUAAGGCCUCCUCAAAUCCUAGUGCAUCUUCAGACACAGUCAGACCCGUCGAUGAAUCUAGGGGGAUCGAUGGGCUUAUCGAGGGGAUGAAUAAUUGAGGUUCAAGUUGAGAACUUCGCUCUGCUAAGCUACCACGCAAAGACUUCGAACCUCUGCCUUCGUUGACGCUCUCUUAUCGUGGACCAGACCAAGAUCAGCGUGUGCUUGAUACACUCUGUGCGUUCCUCUUGGAACUCGAACCCGUAGAGCUAGCAUUUGAUCUUACGGCGUUUUUUCUAGUACAGCGACGAUACUUUGAUUAGAGACACGCCUUAGAAGCUUCGUCUCUACUUGUUGGAUUUGCAUAUACACACAAUCAGAUUGAAGCUUCCUAAUGCCUCCGUGCUCUACGCACGUGAGCCAUCUGGUGAUUGAACGAAUAACAAACACACAGAUAUAUGAAAUAGAUAGAGCCAGUCCGUCGUGGUCAUCACCGAACACUGCAAGAAUCCGAAAUCCUCUAAAGAUUCUGGCUCGCCUGCGCACGGAGCGGUUGGACUUAUGGCGCGGCAACCCGAUCGAACCGCUGAUGAGAGACAUAAGAAGCGCUGUCGAACGGCAAAGAAGUCGUGGUGGAGGAUGUGGCGGCAUAUAGUGCAUAGCAAGAAGCAACGACGAAAACUUCCCGCAGCUGUGCGGUUGUGCCUCUGAAUGCAUUCUUGCCUUCCACCACUUAAAAGCUUUAAUUCCCUGACUAUGAAGUAUGUACGAAGGACAGCAAAAGGUGUUACUCAUUUGAAUGAAGAAACAGCGAUUGCGAUUCAUGUGAGGAACGUGUUCUGACUUUUGCAAUUGGAACUCAGAAUGACAGAACCAACGUCAGACUGCUUGAUGACUGCGUCGGCAUAUCUCCCAUACAAGCACAGAUGGAAAUGAAAUGCCUAUGAACUUCUAUGAUGUGCACUUUGCCCGAAAAAGGCUGUACAGCUAGAGACCGGUCCUUAAGGCCCGAGAAAGACG